AUGCUGCUAACACUGCUGCUGCUUCCGUCGCUGCCGGCCCCCGAAGGAGAUGCGCCCCGUGCGGUCACCAUCAACUCUCACAUCGAAGCGCACGCUCACCCCACAACACUGCACUACAAACCAGCUGACACGGCACAGCGAGUCACUGAAUUCGCUGUUGUGUUGAGCGCACAGAGCCGGCAUUGUGAUGUGUGGCCAGAGCGCGCGCGAGUGUGCCACCGAGGCAGACACACAGGUGAGGGCCGCUCGCGUAAUGGCCAUACCCCACGACGCCACACGCCCGCAGCCAUCUUACGUCACUGA